AUGCCGCUAGGAGGUAGCGGAGGCGAGCACGGCUACGGUGAGCCGGCAGCCGCCCGCGGAGGCCGGGACGAGGAAGAUCCAUCCCGUUCUCCGCAUCCGGCGCCGUUGCCGUUGCUGCGAGGCCUCGCCGUCAUUCCCACGGCAUCUGAGAAGGAGGAAAAGAAACUGAAGGAUGUGCGGCAGGAGGAGGACGAGGUUCCAGCAGCGAGCUUUCCGGAGGACGCUCUCAUGGAGAUCCUGUCACGGGUGCCCGGCAGGCCGCUGUGCCGCUUCAAGUGCGUGUCCAAAGAGUGGCUCGCCCUCUGCUACUACUCCCACAUCCGCAAGAGGUCACCGCAGGCCAUGUCCGGCUUCUUCUACAAUGAUCACGGUUUCCGUUUCCACAAUUUGUCCGGAAAAGGUCCUCCCAUGGUCGACCCCGACCUCUCUUUCUUACGCAGCAGCUAUAAGCAUUUCAGUGUCACGCAGUGCAGCACCAGCCUUCUCUUUUGCAAAUGCUGGAAAGUUCCCUAUCCCAAGCAACUCGGUUGGAAUUCUCUUCCCAAAGGAAAACCCGAGCAAUUUUUUGAAUGGCCUGAGGCCGACGAAUUCGAUUACGUUGUCUGCAAUCCUGCCACUCAGGAGUGGACUUCGUUGUCUCCUAUAGAAUUGCCUGAUCACCUUCCGCUUUUCCGCCCAGGCAAAUACUUUUUGGGUUCUGACGCGGCCAUUCCUUCCCGCUUCGUCGUGUUGGUGCCCCUGAACUCAUGUCAGACAUAUGGCCUGUCGGCAGACAUGAUCUACUCAUCAGAUACUGGAGGAUGGACUUUCACACAACACAAUGAUUUCAGUACAUAUCCAAUUAGUUAUUCGGAAAGCACCUUCCUAAAUAACACUAUGCAUUUCCCUACUCGUUAUUCGGUAAUAGUCAUAGUGGAUAUGGAAAGGAAAGAUUGGAGCGAGAUUAAGAUGCCACGUGGCAUGACAAAUUUACCUCUCAUGGAGGCAAAGAUUGGGGAAAAUGUUGAUGAAUUCAAAACUUUUCCAAACUUUCAAGAAAUAUUUGUCGAUUCUUAA